AUGCCUGUAAAAACGGUAGAACAAUCAUUCGCUCUAAAUCCAAGGUCCUCCCCCCCCCCCCUAAUGGAAACAAAAAGUGGUCGAUUAACAGCCUCUGACGACUGUAGUGAUUCACUUGAAGUAAACGGUGAUCCACAUAGAAUAUGGCUAGGUUGUUUACCGACACGCAUCACAGAAUUUGCAGUUCUACAGUUAGCUAAACAGUUCGGAGAAUUGUCAGAUUUCCAUUUCCCUGUACAUAAAACUGGUGAUUUGCAAGGAUCUACUGUUGGUUAUUGCUUCCUGACGUAUAAAUCAGUUGACGAUGCUAAAAAGGCAUGGAAAGGGUUAGAUGGUUUAAACUUUCAUGGAUACACGUUAGUUGCACGACCAGCUAGACCAACUAAAGAUGAAUUAACAGUUGCACAACGUGCAUCUGAUGAAGCUACAAAACUUCGGAUAAUUGAAGAAGCUAAACAACGUGAAGCUCAAUUAGCCGUUAUAAUGGGUAUAUAUGAUCCUAUGCAGCUUAUGUCAUCUACACAUUUGAAUGAAUGCUUUGAUAAGACACUUCCAAUGGAAAAUAGUAUAAAUACACCUACAGUUUCAUCAUCUAAUGAUACCUUUACAAAUUCUUCAUCACUUCUGUCUUCCCGUGUUUCUAUACCGGAUUUAUAUGGAAAACUUGGCCUAAAUCAGAAUUGUCAACAGUCUACAUCUCAUGUUAUAAACAAUACUCAUCGAUCAAAGCAUCAAGAAGUAGAAACUAAAGCAGCUAUACAUCGACUAGAGAUGGCUUUAAAAAUACUUGAAAAGACACCAGUCGGUGGAGCAGACUCUUUGAAACCAAUUACUGAUGGUCAUAAUCCUUAUUCUGGCACAUUAAUAUUAAAAUCAAAUCAGAAAAAUCGCAACGCUCGUUCUCCAUCAACAUCGGCGGUGACGAUGGCAGCAGCAGUUGGAUCAUUAUUUGGCCGAAAUCAAACGAAGUCGCACAACAAUAGUGGAUUGUUGUUGAAGCAUAACAGCAGACCAUUAUUGAAUUCAGAGAAACUUUCCAAAUCUUCUACUAAAACACUUCAUCAGCAUUGUUCUAGGCCAAACAGUCAAGUGAUAAAAAGGCACAGCCAGAAACGAGAUCUUAUUUCACGUCAUUUCUAAAAAUGUUGUUUUUUUGUUGUUUUUUGCUCAUUCUUUUCUCCAGGUGUUGUUUUUUUCUUCUCUGUUAUCCUGU